ACUAUGCUCUGCUGCGGACGCCUGCGGCGGCCUUUCCGCCAGCUCACCCUCCAGACCAGCCUGCUCCUCCUCUUCCUCUUCUGCAUGGUCAGCGUCUUCGUCUCCGCCUACUUCCUGUACGGCGUCCGGCGGGAGCUGGAGCCGGCGGGGGGGGUCGGCGGCGGGGGGGCGGAGGGCCUCUCGGCGGACUGCGACGACCCCCGGGCCACGCCCCCGCGCCUGUUCCCGCUGAAGACGCUGCGGCCCGCGGACUCGUCCCGCACGGACCCCGUGGUGCUGGUGUUCGUGGAGAGCCUCUACUCGCAGCUGGGCCAGGAGAUCGUGGCGGUCCUGGAGUCCAGCCGCUUCCGCUACCGCACUGAGAUCUCGCCGGGCAAGGGCGACAUGCCCACGCUCACCGACAAGGACCGCGGCCGCUUCGCGCUGGUCGUCUACGAGAACAUCCUCAAGUACGUCAACCUGGACGCCUGGAACCGCGAGCUGCUGGACAAGUACUGUGUGGAGUACGGCGUGGGCAUCAUGGGCUUCUUCAAGGCCAAUGAGAACAGCCUCCUGAGUGCCCAGCUGAAGGGCUUCCCCCUCUUCCUCCACUCCAACCUGGGCCUGAAGGACUGCAGCGUCAACCCCAAGUCGCCGCUCCUCUUCAUCACCAAGGCCCGGGCGGUGGAGCGGGGCCCGUUGCCGGGCGACGACUGGACCGUGUUCCAGUCCAACCACUCCACCUACGAGCCGGUGCUGCUGGCCAAGACCAAGUCGGCGGAGAGCGUGCCGCAGCUGGGCGCGGGCGGGGCGGCGCUGCACACGUCCGUGGUGCAGGACCUGGGCCUCCACGACGGCAUCCAGCGCGUGCUCUUCGGCAACAACCUCAACUUCUGGCUGCACAAGCUGGUCUUCGUGGACGCUGUCUCCUUCCUGACGGGCAAGCGCCUCUCGCUCUCGCUCGACCGCUACCUGCUGGUGGACAUCGACGACAUCUUCGUGGGCAAGGAGGGCACGCGCAUGAAGGUGCCCGACGUCAAGGCGCUGCUAGAGACGCAAAAUCACCUCAGAACCUACGUCCCCAACUUUACCUUCAACCUGGGCUUUUCCGGAAAGUUCUUCCACGCGGGUACAGAUGAGGAGGACCUGGGGGACGACCUCCUGCUCUCCUAUGUGAAGGAGUUCUGGUGGUUCCCCCACAUGUGGAGCCACAUGCAGCCUCACCUCUUCCACAACCAGACGGUGCUGGCCGAUCAGAUGCUCCUCAACCGCCGUUUCGCCGCGGAACACGGGAUCCCCACCAACAUGGGGUACGCUGUGGCACCCCACCAUUCUGGGGUGUACCCGGUGCACGUGCAGCUGUACGAUGCCUGGAAGAAGGUUUGGGGGAUCAAGGUGACCAGCACAGAGGAGUACCCCCACCUCAAGCCCGCCCGAUUCCGCCGGGGUUUCAUCCACAGUGGAAUCAGCGUCUUGCCCAGGCAGACGUGUGGACUCUUCACUCACACCAUCUUCUAUAAGGAGUACCCCGGAGGCCCGAAGGAGCUGGACAAACUAAUAAACGGAGGAGAACUCUUCCUCACGGUCCUCCUAAACCCUAUCAGCGUGUUCAUGACGCACCUGUCCAACUACGGGAACGACCGGCUGGGCCUGCUCACCUUCCGCAACCUGGUGCGCUUCCUGCAGUCCUGGACCAACCUGAGGCUGCAGACCCUCCCCCCAGCUCAGCUGGCCCAGCGCUACUUCCAGAUCUUUCCGGAGGAGAGAGACCCGCUCUGGCAGGACCCCUGCGAGGACAAAAGGCACAAGGACAUCUGGUCAAAGGAGAAAACGUGCGACCGGUUCCCCAAGCUCCUCAUCAUCGGACCUCAGAAGACAGGUACCACAGCCCUCUACCUCUUUUUGGGGAUGCACCCAGACCUGACCAGUAACUACCCGAGCAAAGAAACCUUUGAGGAGAUCCAGUUCUUUAACGGCCACAACUACCACAAGGGCAUCGACUGGUACAUGGAGUACUUCCCUCUACCCUCCAACACUAGCUCGGACUUCUACUUCGAGAAAAGCGCCAACUACUUUGACUCGGAGGUGGCGGCGCGACGGGCCGCGGCACUUCUGCCCAAAGCCAAAAUCAUCACCAUCCUGAUCAAUCCCGCCGACCGGGCUUACUCCUGGUACCAGCACCAGCGUGCCCAUGACGACCCCGUGGCGCUGAAGUACACCUUCCACGAGGUGAUCACCGCCCCCCACGACGCCCCCGUCAAGCUGCGGGUCCUGCAGAACCGCUGCCUCGUCCCGGGCUGGUACGCCACGCACCUGGAGCACUGGCUCAGCCACUACCUCCCCAGUCAGCUUCUCGUUCUGGACGGGCAGAUGCUCAGGACCGAACCGGCUGCAGUCAUGGACAAGAUCCAGAAGUUUCUGGGCCUGGCGAACACCGUGAACUAUCACAAGAUCUUGGCGUUCGAUCCCAAGAAAGGCUUCUGGUGCCAGCUUCUGGAAGGUGGGAAAACCAAGUGUCUGGGAAAGAGCAAGGGCAGGAAGUAUCCGGAGAUGGACUCGGAUUCGCGCGCGUUCCUGAGGGAACACUACGGGGAUCAUAACGUGGAGCUCUCCAAGCUGCUGUACCGAAUGGCCCAACCGCUGCCUGGCUGGCUGAGAGAAGAGCUGGUCAACUCCAGGUAGCAGGACCCCCCCAGGGGGGGAGAGGCGAAUUCAGCCCCCCGUCACCCCCCGUCCGGGGUGGGACACUCCCCUCUGCCAGCCGCUGCCGCUGCCGCGUCCAACCAGGACCGGAGAGAGAGGGGCGGGGGGCAGAGUGGGCGGGGCCUGUGCCAAUAUAGACCUCAGUAUUGGACCUCACCAGGACCUCUGGCUGGGCUUGGUUUCCAGGAUAACCAUACAGGGAAGAGGAGAAGAGAUGGGGCUGGGGGCACCACGUACCCCACCCCGACAGCCCCCCAUGGGGUGGGGCUGGGGGCACCACAUACCCCACCCCGACAGCCCCCCAUGGGGCGUAACUGGGCCCAGUUUGACUGGGGUACAGACAGUGCACAAGAGGGCAAAAUACCCAUUAUGCCCCUCCGUGCACACACUUACACACACACACACACAAACA